AUGUCGUCUCAUAAAGUCUCAUAUGAAAAGUGGCAUGAUGGUAUAACACGAUGGGGUUUGAAACAUCGUCCUACUUGUAUCCUAUUUAGCAAAGAACAGCCAUUACCACCUGAACAACAUCAAAACGAGAAAUGUGGCUGUGGUCGUUUGAAAAGGUCGCACAGCUACGUAGGCCAACCCAAAUCACAAAAUGUUGAUAAGUGGAAUUAUCAAUCUUGUUCAAAACAGAUAGAAGAUAUGAAAAAUUUUGGUAUUUUGUAUAAUCAAUAUGAAUCACGCUUAACUAAGUUAAUUCGUUGUAAUACGGGAGAAAAGCCAGAAAACCUUUACAAGUUGAUACAAAACGAUUGCAACGAAAAGUCACGUUUAAUAAUAAGCAUUUAUGGUGGUGCAAAAUAUUUUGAAAUGAACGAACGUUUAGAGAAGGAAUUCAUGCGUGGUAUUAUUGAAGCAGCUACAAUUGCUGAUGGAUGGAUAUUGACUACUGGUUUAAGCAGUGGUAUUGGUAAAUUGGUUGGCGAAGCUAUAUUACAAGAUCGAGUGUUAAAUGGCGGUUCAAAAGACUUAGUCAGUAUUGGCUUAGCAAAAUGGGGAAGUUUACCUGAAGAAACUAGAGAGCUGUUAUCGAAAAAAUUUACAAACCAGAAAAAUGGCAUAAAUGCUGACACAAACGACAAAGACUAUGAAUUUCCUCGAGAAAUAUUGAAAACAACUGAUGCUGAGACAAUAGAAAUGCAUCAUACAUAUAUGCUGUUGUUCGAUGAUGGUCAACUAUCUGGUUAUAUAGGCGAUGGACAGCGACGCAGUUUCGUACAAGAGGCAACCAACGAUGUAAAUAAAUGCUAUGCCGUAACAGUUAUUGUUGAAGGGGGUAUAAACACAUUGGAAGUUAUACUGAAUGAUUUGGAAGACAGUCGGCCUGUUGUGAUUAUAGAAGGUAGCGGUAGAAUAGCUGAUGUAUUAAGCGACUUGCUGAAGCAAAAUCCUGAGUGUGUUCCAGAAGAAGUUCAAAUCGAUGAUGGACUAAACAAAUUUUUUCAAAAUGACGAGACUAAUUCAGACCCUUCGCGCAAAUCUUUUGCCCACAAAUGUUGUAAACGAGAGAUAAAAAAGAUUAUGAACAUGAAAUACCGUCACCUUUUGAAUGUUUACUCGUUAGACAAGGAUAGUAAUGUUGCCAAAACGAUAUUCGAUGCGAUUUUCAAAAGCUACAAGAUGAUGGUUCCCGAACAUCAAGACAAUUGCCAUGAUCAGCCUGAAAAUCAGGAUCAUUCACGAAAAAUUAUAGAAACGUUACUAGAUCUAUCGAUUAAAUGGAAUUCAUUAGAAGGAUUAAAACAAGUGCUUAAACAUAUUAAAAGAAAAGCAAUAAAGCUGUCCCCUGAAGAACUUGGAAAACAUUUUAUUACCUCACUCGAAGAUAAUAAAUCUAUGUUGGUUGAUUACUUACUUCGAUCUCAAUAUGAUGUUUUGGAAAAAUUACAGAAACAGGACGUCUUAAAAUUGUAUAAAAAUAGUUGGACCAAACAACAUGCGAAAACAUAUCUAUUCCCUGCAUUGAGUGGGGAAAACAGAGAAGAACCUACCUCGCUUGCUGUUGUUGAUGCGAUCUGCGAAGAAUAUAUCGGUUCCUUUAUGCAGCCUUUGCAUUGUAGCAAAAAACAAAAAUUAAAUCAGAUUUUGACGGGUCUAAAACGCACGUGUUGUGAACUCACUCAAAAAAUUUGUAGAUGCUGUUGGAAACCAAAACAUAACAUAAACUAUAUUCAUAAUUAUCUACUCAUAGCGAUGCUUCAUCCAGGAAUCCAAGCAUCCUAUUCAGAACAACAUAAACUACGAGAUUUGUUUCUAUGGUCUGUAUUUAUGGGCCAUGUUGAACUAGCUAAAGUACUACUAGUUCAUCUGAAACCAAGAAUCUGUGCUUCACUCAUUGCAUCAAAAGUAUUCACAGAAUACUCAAAACAUACGAACAUUUUUCAGUUCAAAGACAAAAUGAAGAAUAUAGCAGACGAAUUUGAAUUAUAUGCAGUAAAAUGCAUCGAUAGUUGUUAUGAGUAUAAUGAAACAAAAGCCUGUGAACUAAUUUUACGACAGAUAUCACUCUUUGGUAAUAUAACAAUUGCACAAGUUGCAGUGUCAGCUAAAAGUAAGAAAUUUUUAUUAACGGCUUGUUUUGGUCGAGUUAUGAGCGAAGCAUGGUACGAUAAACUUGAUGAAAUCAAUCGUAGUGCUGUGGGAACGCCAAUGAUUACUCUUGGUUUGUUAAGUUUUGGUGUUCUUGCACCCUUAUAUGUUGUCUAUCGCAAUCAAAACCAAGAGGAACCGCAAGAGCAGAUAACAUCGAACAGAGAUGAUCAGUAA